GAGAGAGGAGAGGUUUGAUAAAUGUGUUAACUCUUGAUGUUCACUAUUGAAUUUUAUUUUAAUUCUAGACCCCUGAUGGUAUCAUUUUACCACAAUAUCAAGUCUCUUUGAAAUCAGGAAUCUACUCUGGGAGUUACAAGCUCGGAGAAAUUGUCAGUACUGGACUGUGGAAGGUGGUGGCAAUGUUCCUUACCAACCCACAGCAAAGAUAUUCUGCAGAGUUUGAGGUCAAAGAAUAUGUACUGCCCAAUUUUGAGGUGAAGCUGACGCUUGAGGUCCCCUUCUUCCACGUGGAUGACCAAGAACUCAUUAUCAACAUUAAAGCUACGUAUCUGUUUGGCGAAGAGGUGAAUGGAAUGGCAUAUGGAAUAUUUGGGGUUAUAUAUGAGGGUCAAAAAAAGAGCAUUCCCAGCUCUCUUCAGAGAGUGGAGAUCAAAAGAGGUAAGGGAGUGGUCAUACUAAAGAAAGAGGUCAUCAAACAGAACUUCCCAAACAUCUCUGACCUGGUGGGGAGUUCCAUAUACGUAACUGUCAGUGUGCUGACGGAGAAUGGUGGUGAAAUGGUGGAGGCAGAGUUAAAAGGUAUCCAGAUUGUCACAUCACCUUAUACCAUCCACUUCAAGAAGACACCCAAAUAUUUCAAACCAGGAAUGGCCUUUGAUGUUGUGGUUGAAGUUGUGAAUCCUGACGGCACUCCGGCAAAAGGUGUAUUAGUAGUUGUGGAUCCUGGCAAGCAGCAGGGCCUCAGUGCAGCCAAUGGCAUGGCGAGGGUUACCAUCAAUACAAACCAUGUGGUUGAACCACUGACAAUUGAUGCAAAGACCAAUGUUCCCGGCAUCAGCCAAGCAUCAGCCACCAUGACAGCUCUCCCAUAUACCACCAAAAGCAACAGUUACAUCCACAUAGGAGUGGAUGCAACUGAGGUAACACUAGGAGACAAUCUGAAAAUCAACCUCAACCUUAACAAUGAUGAAAAUGCACAAGACCACAUCACAUACCUGAUCCUGAGCAGAGGUCAACUGGUGAAAUAUGGCCGUUACCAGACAAGAGCACUGACAUCCAUGACAGUUAUCAUUACCAAAGACAUGCUGCCAUCAUUCCGCAUCGUAGCGUACUAUUUUACAAAGGACAAUGAAGUGGUAUCAGACUCUCUUUGGGUGGAUGUCAAGGACACUUGCAUGGGCUCGCUAAAAUUGGAAUCAUUAACUCCCUCUUCAUCCUAUAUGCCUGGCAAAAAGUUUGAACUGAAGGUCACAGGAGAUCCAGGAGCCACAGUGGGACUGGUGGCAGUUGACAAAGGCGUCUAUGUCCUAAACAACAAGCACCGACUCACCCAGAAAAAGGUAUGGGAUAUCGUGGAGAAGUACGAUACUGGCUGCACACCUGGUGGCGGGAGGGACAGUAUGAGUGUGUUUUAUGAUGCUGGGCUGUUGUUUGAGUCCAGCAGGGGUUCUGGGACCCCCUACAGACAAGGUGAAACUUCUUCACUCAGCAUCUCAGUUAUUUCACUCUUUAGCCUUGUAUUUUAGUUUACUACUUGAAGC